AUUUAGCUCUACUCGAAAUGCCACCACCUAAAACUUCUGGCAAAAGUUUGAAAUCCGAAAGUAUAUUACAGGCCGUUAUUCUUUUGCUGAUAACUUUAAUGAUAGGCCACGAGUAUGUUAAAAUGGAGUCUCCAAUAAAAGCAAUUACUAUUGUAACACCUGAAGCGCGUUUAUUUGGAGAUGCACUGAGAGAAUUAGAUGCGAAACA